CUCACUGUUUUGUCCCCUCUCUGUCCCUUCCUCCUUCUGUUCCUGGACAGGGAAUGGACCUUUCUUCAAAUAGAAGGCCUUUCUGUCCAAGAAGACUUUGGCACCUUACCGCAAGGGGCUCAGUGCCUGAAGAGUGCGAAAGGACAAACACCAGAUCUCAGGCAUGGUGAGUCCUUCCGCUAUGCUCCACAGUGAGUCGGCUUCCCUCUGGUGUCUCUAUAGAGGCCCCAGGGAAUCUUUGAGAGGACAUUAGGACGACUCAGAGGACCGUGACCCAGCCCUUUUAGUCCAGUCUCUGACUCAGCAUGACCUCACACAUGCCUCGCUUGCACCCUGGCUCUGCGGCCACAGUUGCCUCUUCUCAAGGUGAGAAUCUUGCUUUUCCAAGGACGCUUCUCUGUCCCUGCUGGCCCGUGAUGGACCACAGCCAUGCUAGGGUUCAUAAGUGACCUCCCACGCUGGCGUGUGUGAAGAGGUGGCGCUCCUGUCACCCACAGAGGUCUGCGAGCUCGGACUUGAUUAACUGUCCUCCAACCUGAGCUCAGACUCCAGACUAGGGCUGUAGCGCAAAGGUCUCCUGCCCUGGGCUAGGCCUGGCUCUACGCGGACAUUGAAGCCGGGGCCAACCUCUUAGAGACCUUGCUCUCCGGACGUGGCUCCUCCCUGUCGCUCACCCUCCCACGUGGGGCCGAGAAAGCAGGAGCUCCGAGCUGGGUGAGUGUUGCCCAGCCGAUCCCUCCGUGGAAGGCCGCUGGGCGCAGGGAACCGAGCAGGAGGCGGAGCCGGCCCGGGAGCCCCGCCCAGGUCGGUGGAGUGCACUGGCCUUUGGGUGCCUCGCCAGUACGGGGGUGUGGUCCAGAGGACUCUGCUUCCCAGUGCUCCAAGCCAGCCCCCGGGAGUUUUGCAGCGCUUUUGCACACAGCCACCCCAAGAAGACCCCCGCGCCGCGUCGCGAUAGCCAGACCUCUUCAUCCCAACCCCCUCCCUGCAAGCUGAGGAGGAAAGGCGGUAAGCAUGCGAGACUACGACGAGGUGACCGCCUUCCUGGGAGAAUGGGGCCCCUUCCAGCGCCUCAUCUUCUUCCUGCUCAGUGCCAGCAUCAUCCCCAAUGGCUUUAAUGGUAUGUCAGUCGUGUUCCUGGCGGGGACUCCGGAGCACCGUUGCCGGGUCCCUAACACCGCGAAUCUGACCAGCGCGUGGCGCAACCACAGCAUCCCACUAGAGACGAAGGACGGACGACAGGUGCUUCAAAGCUGCCGGCGCUACCGACUGGCCACCAUCGCCAACUUCUCUGCUCUGGGGCUGGAGCCCGGACUGGACGUGGACCUGGAGCAGCUGGAGCAGGAGAGGUGCCUGGAUGGCUGGGAGUACAGCCAGGAUGUCUUCCUGUCUACCAUCGUGACUGAGUGGAAUCUGGUGUGUGAGGAUGACUGGAAGACACCCCUCACCACCUCCCUGUUCUUCGUAGGCGUUCUCUGCGGUUCCUUCGUGUCUGGGCAGCUAUCAGACAGGUUCGGAAGGAAGAAAAUCCUCUUUGCAACCAUGGCUGUGCAGACUGGGUUCAGCUUCGUGCAGAUCUUCUCCACCAGCUGGGAGAUGUUCACCGUGUUGUUCGCCAUCGUAGGCAUGGGCCAGAUCUCCAACUAUGUGGUGGCCUUCAUACUAGGAACUGAAAUUCUGAGCAAGUCAGUUCGCAUUAUCUUCUCCACGUUAGGAGUCUGUACAUUUUUUGCCAUCGGCUACAUGGUCCUGCCACUGUUUGCAUAUUUCAUCCGAGACUGGAGGAUACUGCUGCUGGCCCUGACACUGCCUGGGGUGCUGUGUGUCCCCCUGUGGUGGUUUAUUCCCGAAUCUCCCCGGUGGCUGAUAUCCCAGAGGAGAUUUGAAGAGGCAGAAAAGAUCAUCCAGAAAGCUGCAAAGAUGAACAGCAUUGUGGCUCCGGCAGUGAUAUUUGAUCCUCUGGAGCUACAGGAGCUAAACUCCUUGAAGCAGCAGAAAGUCUUCAUUGUGGACCUGUUCAAGACUCGGAACAUUGCCACAAUAACAGUGAUGUCUGUGAUGCUAUGGAUGCUAACCUCAGUGGGUUACUUUGCUCUGUCUCUCAAUGUUCCCAAUUUGCACGGGGAUGUCUACCUGAACUGCUUCCUCUCUGGCCUGAUUGAAGUUCCAGCUUAUUUCACAGCCUGGCUGCUGCUGCGAACCCUGCCUCGGAGAUAUAUCAUAGCUGGGGUGCUGUUCUGGGGAGGAGGUGUGCUUCUCUUGGUCCAAGUGGUACCUGAAGAUUAUAGCUUCGUGUCCAUUGGCCUGGUGAUGCUGGGGAAAUUUGGAGUGACCUCUGCCUUCUCCAUGCUGUACGUCUUCACUGCAGAGCUCUACCCAACCCUGGUCAGGAACAUGGCCGUGGGCAUCACCUCCAUGGCCUCUCGGGUGGGCAGCAUCAUAGCUCCCUAUUUUGUUUACCUGGGCGCUUAUAACAGACUCCUGCCCUACAUCGUCAUGGGCAGCCUGACUGUCCUGAUUGGAAUCGUCACGCUUUUUUUCCCUGAAAGUUUGGGGGUGACUCUACCAGAGAACUUGGAGCAGAUGCAGAAAGUGAGAGGGUUCACAUGUGGUAAAAAAUCAACAGUCACAACAGACAGAGAAGAAAACCCUAAGGUUCUAGUAACUGCGUUCUAA